ACAACAACAUAACAUAAUAGAUAAUCAAGAUGAGUGGUGGCCAUGGUGGUAAAGCAUAUAUGGGCUGGUGGGGUAAUUUAGGAUCCCCAAAGCAAAAGGGUAUUACAACUUAUACAGUUUCACCAUUUGCACAAAAACCAUUAAAGGGAGUAGCACACAAUGCUAUAUUUAAUGUUUUCAGAAGAGUUAAGAACCAGACAUUGUUUGUUGUUAUUCCAGGAGCUAUAAUUUAUUACUGGUGGUCAGUUAACAGAGAUUACAAUCACUAUUUGUAUACUAAAGCUGGAAGAGAAGAAUUGGAACGUGUUAAUGUUUAAAUUGUUUAAUUUUAUCAAUACGUUCAAUUUUUUUAUUUCAGUAUUUCAGUAUUUUACUAAUUUAGUAUUUAAUUCUCAUUUUUUUCUUGGUUAAUACAAAAUAGAAAACAAAUAAAAAUUAUUUGGAACAUCAAGUAAAGCAAGUGGCUAUUCAUUCAAGUUUUUUCCAGUAUAUAUAUUCUCUUGAAAUAUUUAAUAUUAUAUUAUGUUUUUAUGUUACAAUAGCUACAAGUUAGUUAUCUCAGAAAUAAAUUAGCCAAAUCGGUGUCCAAUGUUACUAGUAUGAAUAUGGUUUAAAUUUGGUUGAUACUAUAUAUAAAAUAAUACAAAUAACUAGAAACAAAAAAAAUGAAAAAAAUGAAAAAA